GUGUGUGGACACGUCAUCCUUUUAAUGAUCAUAACAUAACAUCCGCUGCACAACUAAAUCUCUGUAAUAAGCCGCUAACAAGCUAACAGACUAUGUCCACUAGUAGCUUCACUUACUAUGUCACAAGCUGCUUCAGCCGUACAUGUUGCACUUGAUCUGUUUUGAUGGUGUGUGUGUGUGUGUGUGUGUGUGUGUGUGUGUGUGUGUGUGUGUGUGUGUGUGUGUGUGUGUGUGUGUGUGUGUGUGUGUGUGUGUAAAGGCAUUGGGGGUUAGACUUGCUCAUAAAGGUGUGCAGACCAAAGGUAACUGACAGAAAGAGGCUGAGCGGAGCGCUCACCAUAACCUGAGAAUCUAUGUUACAAAACUGGUCAACGUUGAACUCUGAAGGUUAAUAUUCAGAAGCAGCUUCCUAGGAUCGUAUAUCUGCAGCAGAUCCAUUCAUCCGGCUGAUCCAUAGGUCAGCAGAUAUAUCAGCUGAUAAAGCAGGUAAGCAACAUGCUUUUGGUCGCCUUUCUGCAUUGAGUGAAGGUGGCUGUGGUUCUGUUGGUGGUGCGUUGGAUUUUCACUUGGAAAGAUGCUUUUGCUGCUCUGACAUUAACCAUAAUAUUUGGGUUUGCAUUAUGUAAUUAUUUAUCAAGACAAGGCACGAUAAUAAAGAGAAAAAAAUAAGUUUGUAUAAAAUAGUAAGGUGACUUUUAAGAACAAACUAAGGUAGGUAUGUCAGCUUCGUAGGAUGGAGGCGCUCUAUCCUAUGAAGGACAUUGUUGGGGCAAAAAAGUUAUGUAACACAACCGUAUUGCAACACAUAAAAAGGGUUAUAAGCUUCUUUCCCUUACUCUUUAUUACAAACUGCACAACCUUUUGUGCUGCCACUAUUCUGAGCAGCUAAGCGAGCUUCUUGCUACUGGCUACACAAUCUGGCACGCUGCUUACCAUCUGAAUCCUCUGUCUUUCUUUCUUCCUUUGUGAUGAUGAAUCCUCUGGUUCUCAGUGCUUUAAGGAUGUCUCAGCUGCCCAUGUUUUCCCGAUCUUCCUUGCUUCUGCUUUGCAUCCUGGCUACCACUCUGCUGACCUCGGGGUACCCUCGACCUCUUCUACAGCUCAGCAGUCCAGACAAUUCAGAUGAGGUGACAGAAGACGACUAUGAUGUCCACCUUCCCUAUUUCUCACUUCACAACUGGGGAAUUGAGCUGACGUCAGCACCUGGCCUCAUGGCAGCAGCCAAUAGCAAGCCACGUUUAAUUGGUAGGGUGUGGCUGUCUGGUCCCAAGUCCCAGCUUUCAGAAGGUGAAGAGUCCAGGAUGGAUAAAGGCUGGCCGGCUGAGUGGAGCCGUGGCUCCGUGGGUAAGAGGAACAUGGUGGUAGCAGACGACGCAGCCUUCAGAGAGAAGAGCAAGCUGCUCACAGCCAUGGAGCGACAGAAGUGGCUCAACUCCUACAUGCAGAAACUGCUGGUUGUUAACACAAAAUGAUCAUUCACCUACAUUUUAAGCCAGUGUGCUUAUUUGUGUAAAAUUUUCAAUAAAAGCCAUGUAUAUAUCAAGAAUAAACCAAUAAACCUGAAGUAUUUUAAACUGACCUCAGUAUGUAAAAUAUUUAAAUAGUCCCAAAGGUUAAGAUGUGUCAGUUGAUGUGUGUGUAUUCUGAAACAGUUUCAGAUAUUCAAUAUAUUUACACAAUUCUGAUGAAUUUGUUGUUUUUCUACAAGUAUGUUGUAGUUAAUCCAAAUAAUUGUCUUCUUCUCAAACAAUAUUAGUUUGUCUGCAGCUAGAAAAGACCACAGUAGUACUUGGUGAUGGGAAACAUAGCGGGUUUGACCCUGGUUUUACCCAAUGUUGUCAGGGAACCAGCUGGACCAAAUCAAUGACAUUGUUGUCAUUUAGAACAAAGGAAGAUGUUAAAAUUUAAAUUUCAUGAGGAAAUUCAAGGUCCGGCAUUGCAUUAAUAUUUUACAUGACACUGCACAGUGCACCAGGUGACACAUGUCCUGUGAUGCAGGCCCUUGGAAGACAUCUCAUUAAGGCACAACAAUUACCACACAACAAAAUGUAAUUCAACCCAGGGCAAAUCUAUAUUAACUACACCUGCAGAUUGUAAUUUAUUUAUUUUCAUUUAGAAAUCAGUCAUUUUAGAUUUUUUUUUGUAUUGCUGUAUCCUAAUGGUGUUCCUCUGUAGCAAUUAUUAAAAUGAUUUAAUGAUAAUCGAUUUGAGUGGAUUUAAAAGAUGAUUGGUAUGAAUAUAAGAGCCAAUAAGUGUCACACACACACACACACAGUAUUGUUUUUUUUAUUCAGUAGAGUUGAAAUCAUUUAAGGUGCUAUCAACACCAUAU